GAAAUGGCUUAGCUUUUUAAGAGCAGUGGUUCAGCUCGCAGCAGCGGCGGCGGCGGCGGUGCUGGUGGCGGUGGAAAUAGUAGUAGCGAUGGCCGUCAACCACAUUUCUCGGAGAAGAAAGCAUGGUUUGGCAUACACCACGUCGAUCCGUGGAUGACCGUUCUAGAAAUGAAAGAGAUAAAGAUGAAUUAGACCGUGCAAUUGCACUCUCUCUUGGUGAAGAAUCGAAGAGACCAAAUGGACAAAGAUGGCGAGCAGAUAAUGAUGAAGAUUUUGCUUGGGCAGUUCAGGAUAGUCUGAUACCUUCGUAUCCUCCUUACGCUCCUCAACCUUAUAAUCCAAGAGGAUAUAGAUUAUGUGGUGGAUGUAACCGUGACAUUGGACAUGGCAACUAUUUGGGUUGUAUGGGGACAUUUUUUCAUCCAGACUGCUUUCGUUGUCGUUCUUGUGGCUACCCAAUUACUGAGCAUGAGUUCUCUUUGUCAGGGAAGGAUCCUUAUCACAAGUCUUGUUUCAAGGAGUUGACACAUCCCAAAUGUGAAGUUUGCCACCAAUUUAUUCCUACAAAUGGAGCUGGUCUAAUUGAGUAUAGAUGCCAUCCAUUUUGGUCCCAAAAGUACUGCCCAUCUCAUGAACAUGAUCGCACAUCUCGCUGCUGUAGUUGUGAACGUUUGGAGUCUUGGAAUGCGAGGUACUAUUCUUUGGAGGAUGGGCGGAGUUUGUGCUUAGAGUGCAUGGAAUCAGCUAUUAUGGACACUGGUGAUUGCCAACCCCUUUACCAUGCCAUCAGAGACUAUUAUGAAGGAAUGAAUAUGAAACUAGAUCAGCAGAUUCCCAUGCUUCUUGUUGAAAGACAAGCACUUAAUGAAGCUAUUGUCAGCGAGAAGAAUGGCUACCAUCACCUGCCAGAGACAAGGGGUUUAUGUCUUUCUGAAGAGCAGACUGUCACAAGUAUACAAAAGAGGCCAAGAAUUGGAGGCAACCGGCUGGUAGGAAUAAGGACUCAGCCGCAGAAGUUGACUCGGAAAUGUGAAGUUACUGCUAUCCUUGUUCUUUAUGGUCUUCCUAGAUGCAGAUUACUAACAGGUGCUAUUCUUGCCCAUGAGUUGAUGCAUGGUUGGCUGCGCCUAAAAGGCUACCGCAAUCUUAAUCCUGAAGUAGAGGAAGGUAUCUGUCAAGUGCUUUCAUACAUGUGGCUUGAGUCAGAAGUUUUGCCAGGAUCUAAACACAUGCCAUCGACAUCGACAUCGACAGCUUCCUCAUCUUCUUCAUGUUCGAAGAAAGGUGGAAGAUCUGGGGUUGAAAAAAAGCUUGGCGAGUUUUUCAUGCACCAAAUUGCCCAUGAUGCUUCUCCAGCAUAUGGGGGAGGAUUCAGAGCUGCAAAUGCAGCCGUCAAUAAGUAUGGUUUACGUCGUACUCUUGAGCAUAUUCGCCUAACUGGGAAUUUUCCACUUUAAACACUAACAAGAGCUUCUGGGGUUGAAGAUAGUGUUUUCCCUCAAAGCGACUGAGCUAAUUUACUUGCAGAAGCUUAAGCAGCUUCUCCUCUUAUAUUUUUAAUGAGGUUCAAUCAUGAUAUUAUAUGUCACAAACGACUUCCAAGUCUUAAUAAUACUCCAUUUUAUCCUUUUGCCAAGAGUGAAUAA